AUAUUGAAUAUGAGGCUAAGAAAAAAAGAAAGGACAUGGGGAGCCCAAGGAAAGUGAUAAUAAAACGAACUGCUGUUAUGUGUAUAUAAAAUAGAUUUCAUUAGCCAGGGGUGUCGUGAGGAUUAGUGUGAUAGUGACCUUGUUGCUAAGAGCAAAAGCAAAACAAUGACAUAAAAACAAGUACACUACGCACUCAGUGCAGGAGAGAGAUGGAGGCAGACGCUGCAGGAAAAAAAAUUAAAUAGGGGCCUUUGAUUCCACAGGCACAAAAAUCCAUAGCCAGGAAUUUGUUGCCACCUCUGAGUCAGGCAGGGGUGGGGGUGGGGUGCACAAGUCCAUUAGGAGAGAAUGCCCAGUGGAUUCAGUCUGAGAGUCACAUUUCUUAUUUGGACCAGUGUAGACACAAGCAAACCUAGCUUGCUUGUUUCCUGGGACAGUUGAGUUAGGGGAUGGCUUUCGCAGAUCAUCCACUGCUGACCCCUCACCGCCGGGACCUCUGUAGCCGCUCUAUCUGGCUAGCAAGGAAGAUUCGUUCAGACCUGACUGCUCUUACGGAAUCUUAUGUGAAGCAUCAGGGCCUGAACGAGAACAUGAACCUGGGUUCUGUGGAUGGUGUGCCAGUGGCAAGCACUGAUCGGUGGGGUGAGCUGACAGAGGCCGAGCGGCUCCAGGAGAACCUCCAAGCUUACCGUACCUUCCACAUUAUGUUGACCAGGCUCUUAGAAGACCAGCGGGUGCAUUUCACUCCAGCUGAAGGGGACUUCCAUCAAGCAAUACAUACCCUUCUGCUCCAGGUUGCUGCCUUUGCUUAUCAGCUGGAGGAAUUAAUGGUGCUCCUGGAACACAAGAUCCCCCCCAGUGAGGCUGAUGGGAUGCCCCCUAUUGUUGGAGACGGUGGUCUCUUUGAGAAGAAGCUUUGGGGACUAAAGGUGCUGCAGGAGCUUUCACAGUGGACAGUGAGGUCCAUUCGUGACCUUCGAGUCAUUUCUUCUCAUCAGACUGGGAUCGCCGCACGUGGAGGCCACUAUAAUGCUAACGACAAGAAAAUGUAGCAGUCACCUCUCUCUCUCUCUCUCUCUCUCUCUCUCUCCCUCGCCCUCGCCCUCGCCCUCUCUCUCCCCCUUUCUUUUCUGAUGGACUAUACGUAGUCCUCUGAGGCCUCACUUUCCCAUUCUUAAGUUUUUGAAAACCUUUAAGACCACAGGCAUUUUCAUGAAGUCGGGUUGGACACGUGGACAAGUGGGCAUGUAGGUUUAGUUGGCAGAGGUGGGGGGGACGUUGGGGCCAGAAG